AUGGAGCGAACUGGGGUAACAACGGAAAAUCCCAGGAGAAGUGGAGGCUCUAAUGAUUGGAGAUGCCAGAAAAAGUGUAUGAUCUGGUCCUCAAAUUUUGGGGGUCUGAACUCCCAGGAACUGGUUUCUGUCCUUACCCAAAAAUGCUCUCCUCGUCUGUACUCCAUUAUACCAAACAGCUAUCGAAUUACGGCAAUUUUGUUUGUUAAAGAAACUUUUGAUGCAAUCGAAACUUUCACAUCAGAAGGUAUUCAUUUCAUGCCUAUGAUGCUGUUUCUUGUCGGGAACGGAGAGAAGACUAUGGCAUAUCAUUUUGAUGAGGGGUUGGAAUGGGAGGAAGGCUGGAAAGGCUUUGCCCACCAUUCCUUGGACACCACGUAUAUUUGGGGGAGAGUUAGGCAUCUCUUGAGCGAGAAAGACCAACAGUUUUCUGACAUAAUGCAGAAAGCAUGGCUUGAUUUUGGCAACGGAAAGGAGGUCUGGGAGCCCUUCUCGCUCAGUCAUAGAUUCAUGUAG